ACACUUCAAUAUUUUCAUCAUUUCUCAACACCAUCUUCAUCCUUCCCAAAGCAGAACAUUCCAGAGAAAGAGAAGUGUGAGAGACUGAGUGGCGGAGACGACGAGAGUGAUCGACGGUGGAACGGCGGUGGAACGCGACGACGAGGACCGACGGUGGAACGCGACGACGUGAGAGAAGAAGGCGCCAGCGACCUACGUGUAUAAUAUAUGGCAUCUCAAUCAUUCUCUUCGACACAAAGAAGAAAUGGGAUUGCUGAUGGAAGGCUCUGUACUUGCGGCCUUACCCCAGCCCUAAAGACUUCAUGGUCCAGUAGUAAUUAUGGACGAAGAUAUUUUCAAUGUCCUUUGAAGGCUUGUGGGUAUUAUGAUUGGCUUGAUCCCCCUGUGCAUGGGCAAGUUGUUGAAGCCCCCAUGACUGCUGCUGUGACUCCUGGUCAAGUUGUUCAAGGCCCCAUGACUGCUGCUGUGACUCCUGGUCAAGUUGAUGAUUGCUUUGAAGGAUUAAAGAGGGCAGAAGCUUUGAUCUCUGACUACAAGAGAAGGGAACAAAUGUAUUUCAUUGUUGUUGUUGUCUCUUUGGUAGUUGCUGUGCUACUUAUUUUGUUUAAGUGAUUUACACAAGCUUUGGAUAUGUAAAACUGUUUUUGAGAAGUGGUCACAUGUAUGUGUACUCUUUUUGAAUUAUUAACUCUUUUAUGAGAAGUGCUCACAUGAGUCCU